AUGAAAAUCUGGCAAAUGGAACCGUAUCCAGUGGGCGACCGCCGACUUCCUCACCAUGUAUUCCCUCCGAAAAUUUUUACUCCCGAUCAACUUCAAAGUAUGACGGGCGUUAUUUCAUAUAAGAUUGACCUGGAGGAUGUUAAUGCAAUGAAAAAGCGGUUAUCUAGAGUAAAAGCUGAGAGAAAAGUAACGACCUCGGACGUAUUUCGAAUCAGUUCAUGUGUAAAUGAUUUGGAACAAAAGUUGGAAGAAUUAUAUGAACCAACGAUAAAAGAAGAAGAUUCCAUAUAUUUGGUGAUGGAGGGUGGGGCAUAUUACGACGUCGAAUAUAAGGAAGAUGGCUGGAUUCGCAUGAACGUCGAAAGAGGCGAUCUUAUUGUCAUACCUAAGGGAUUAUGUCACCGCUUCACUUCAACUCCUCAUGUGAUUUUUUCAUUUCUAUUUUCAUUUUAUACGAUUUAUUUUCAUUUUAUACGAUUUAUUUGA